UAUCUGUCAAUCUGUUGGUCUGUGUAUUUAUAACCUCUCUGUUCCUCUUCUGUGCUUAGUUGGUUUGUUGCACUUGUUGGAUAAGUUGAAAGUGAAGUCUGUGCAGAGUACAAGAUUUGGUCAAGAGAAAGGGAACCAACAAUGAUUUCAUUUCCACUGUGGCUCUUCAUGGUGGCACUGAGUGGGUGUUCCACUGCAGUACACACUGGCCUACUUGGAGGGCACCCCUGCUCUACAGUGCUCGCCUCUGCAGCCUCUACAGUGCCCUCCUCUACAGCCUCUACAGUGCCCGCCUCUACAGUGCCCACCUCUACAGCCUCUAAAGUGCCCACCUCUACAGCCUCUAAAGUGCCCACCUCUACAGCCUCUAAAGUGCCCACCUCUACAGCCUCUGCAGUGUCCUCCUCUACAGUGCCCACCUCUACAGCCUCUAAAGUGCCCACCUCUACAGCCUCCAAAGUGCCCACCUCUACAGCCUCCAAAGUGCCCACCUCUACAGCCUCCAAAGUGCCCACCUCUACAGCCUCCAAAGUGCCCACCUCUACAGCCUCUGCAGUGUCCUCCUCUACAGUGCCCACCUCUACAGCCUCCAAAGUGCCCACCUCUACAGCCUCCAAAGUGCCCACCUCUACAGCCUCCGCAGUGUCCUCCUCUACAGUGCCCACCUCUACAGCCUCUAAAGUGCCCACCUCUACAGCCUCUAAAGUGCCCACCUCUACAGCCUCUAAAGUGCCCACCUCUACAGCCUCUAAAGUGCCCUCCUCUACAGUGCCCUCCUCUACAACCUCUAAAGUGCCCACCUCUACAACCUCUAAAGUGCCCACCUCUACAACCUCUAAAGUGCCCUCUACAGUGCCUCGUAGACUCAGGCUUGCCCACCGUUAAUCGAGAUGCUGGAGGAGCAGCUUGUGUCUUCCCUUUUGUGUACUUGGGGACACUCCACUGGACAUGUACUACAAUCAACCAUAACAAGCCUUGGUGUUCAACCACAGGCAACUUUGACCAGGAUGGGCAAGGGGGAGAAUGCUGCGUUGAAGCUGGGUAACAGUAUAAUACUGUUUAAUAAAACAUUGAAAACAGAA